GUGCUCAUCCAGUAUCGUCACAUCGGAUCCUCCAGCAAACUGCAUCGCACAGUCACCAGGUAUGAGACCACGCAACAUGCCAUGUUGCAGCCCCUCAGCUGUCGUGGCCUUUCCUUCACAGUCCCUUUACCCUCCUAGUUCUCCGGGGCUUUCACUGCUUCAGCGAGACCUACAUCUUGAGCUCGCUGCUCCUCUGUUCUCUUCUCCUCUUCCUGCUGCCCAGCGUCGUUGUACCACCUCUCUCCUACCGCCAUCAUGUCUUCGUCCCCUCUUGCCCAACUGACUGACAUCCUGAAAAUCUACCCUGCAGAGGAUCAUCAUUGCUUCGGGACUUCCAACUACUACAACCGUCGCUGCAACAACUUGACCAAUCAUCAUAAUCGGCAGGUAGCUCUUGUGCUGCUCGACAGGGGCACCCGCCAGCUCGCAGCCACCCCCUUCCUGGCUUCCUUCGAUAACCUUCUUGACCAGCUCGCUCCUCUUCUCCUCUGUCCCCACCUGCAUCGAAGCCAGGCCCCGCGUCUGGUUGCCCAGUGGAAGGAAAAGCUGCAGCGACACUUAGAUGAACACUUACCAGCAGCACCUGCGACGAUGAACAACCGGAUCCUCCCCAAUCCUGGAAACAACGUCCUCUCCACCGGGGGUGUCCUGACUAUCUCCAACCUGGCGAACCACGUCUCUGCUUCCCCGUCCAUCAUCGCCUACCAGCAUGGCAGAGUCAGCAUGGGUGCCAGCCAUAGUCGAGUCGAGAUCGGCCACCCAGGGGUUCAUCCGUCUUCAUCUUCUAUGACCACAGCAAUGUCUGCGGCUGCUUCUCAUGCCCAUCCCCACACAUCCGCUCUCCAUCCAGCGACUCCCCCCUUUCUGAGGCCCUCUGAUGUUCAUCCCCACCAGCACGACCACGACCACGAGAGCGACAGCGACUCCUCCAGCAUAGGCAAUUUCCCCGUGACAAAGGCUUCGGAAAAGCGCCGCGUCAAGCCGCGCCCCGUCGAUGGCGACUGCGGGAUCUGUCUUUUGCCGUACUUGGAUGAGAGAAUGCGAUAUGAGAUGUCCGAGGACGAGGAGAUGGAGGACGUGGACGACGCGGACGACGAGGAGGGUGCAUGGGAAGAGAUGGAAGAUGAUGACCUCGCCGGACCCGACUACGAUCACGACCUGCUGGUCUGGUGCCGGGCGUUCUGCGGGACCAACUACCACCGGGCCUGCAUGGAGCAGUGGAUUGACACCUUCGAUGUGCACGAGCCGACCUGCCCGACCUGUCGGAACUAUUGGAUUUACUAGCGCGGGGGAGUCAGAAUUGGGGGGCAUUGGGAUGGGGAUUGCAUGACGGGAGUUUCGGGUUUUGUUGUAAUGGAGGAUACGAGAUGGGAUGGAUUCUACGCCGAGGAAGGCUAUGAUUUGGGACGGGGUUCGGGAGUUCAGACUGGGAUAUGACGCAUGGCUUUUAUUCACGAGAUAUGAUGUGGUUUCCUAAUGCA